AACGGUCCAACCUAAACCCAAACGCCACAACAGACAGAAUCUCCCUCUCUCUGCCGCCACGAAACUGUCGGCAGAGCUCUAAAACGCCCCCUUUUCAGCUCCGAAUAGCAGUAGUGUACAAUGCACCUCCAAUUUAGCUUCUAUCUAAGGCUUUUCUGCUUCGGCAUAGCCAUGAAGCUCGCCAUGCUUCCGGCUGCCACUGCCGUUGGGCAACUUCAGCAUCAUACUCUCGACUUACAUUGGUAUCCCGGUACCGCCACUUGGUACGGUGACCCCGAAGGAGACGGCAGUACUGGGGGAGCUUGUGGGUAUGGAACAUUGGUGGACGUGAAGCCAUUGAGAGCGAGGGUAGGGGCAGUGGGACCAGUGCUGUUUAUGAAAGGGGAAGGAUGUGGUGCUUGCUAUAAAGUGAAGUGUUUAGACAAUAGCAUAUGUUCAAGGAGAGCAGUUACUGUGAUAAUCACUGAUGAGUGCCCUGGCUGCCCAACUGACACCACCCAUUUUGACCUCAGCGGUGCUGCUUUUGGACAUAUGGCUAUCUCCGGUGAGAACGGUCAACUCAGAAACCGCGGUCAAAUCCCUGUCAUUUACCGAAGAACUCCGUGUAAAUAUCCAGGAAAAAAAAUUGCAUUUCAUGUUAAUGAAGGUUCCACACCAUUUUGGUUAUCACUUCUGGUUGAAUUUGAAGAUGCAGAGGGAGAUAUUGGCACUAUGCAUAUACGAGAAAAUGGUUCUAGUGAGUGGCUACAAAUGAAUCAUCUGUGGGGUGCAAAUUGGUGCAUUAUUGGGGGACCUUUAAGGGGACCAUUCUCUGUCAAACUCAGCUCUUCCACCGGUAGAACCCUAUCAGCUAGAGAUGUUGUUCCUAGCAAUUGGGUUCCAAAGGCCACUUACACUUCUCGCCUAAAUUUCUACCACUAAAACACAACCUUUGCAAUAACCACAUUUUACCUAGUUAAUUAAUUAAAGUUUGGUUAGGUCCCAUAACGCAAAAAUAGUUCACAUGGGUUCCCAACUCUUUCCCUUAGUUUGCUAUAUAUAUACACUUUUAAUUUUCUUUUUUCUUUUUACCCAUCUAAGUCCACUUUUUCUCUUUGUAAGCAAAGUAGUCAAGCCAUUGAAUUGCACAAGGGCAUUCAAUGGUCCUUCCCUUUUCUUGUUUCUCCUUUUGUUUUUGUAUACCUAAUUUUAUUAUGGUGUGUUAUUGUUGGUAGUAAAUGUCAUGUAGCCCUCUCCAAAACUGGAGAGAGAGCGUGUAGGGUUGUAUCCUUAAUUCCUUGCAGAGCUGAACGUGUGUAGUGAACCGGUUGGACUUUAAAGAAUACUGAUUUUCCAGCCUUUGAAUGUCUUUAAAUUUUAUUUUA